GUGAGAGGCUACAUAUACCGUGGGAAGGAGGCUGGGAGAGGUGGCAUGAUGGUGUGGUGGAGUGUGGUAGCUGCCCUGUGUGUCCUGGGGGGUGUCCUGCCUCAGGACCCCCCCACACCCGUCGUCAUCUGGCAUGGCAUGGGUGACACAUGCUGUUAUUCCUUCAGCAUGGGACGUAUCAAGAAACUGGUGGAAGAACGGAUCCCUGGGAUCUAUGUUAGGUCCCUCAUGAUUGGAAGUAAUAUCAUUGCUGAUGAAGAGAACAGUUAUUUGGGAAAUGUAAAUGAGCAAGUAGACGAGGUGUGCAAGAAUUUAGCCAACGAUACAGAGCUUCAGGGUGGAUACCAUGCUAUGGGGUUCUCACAAGGAGGCCAGUUCCUGCGUGCGGUGGCGGAACGUUGUCCAAACCCUCCUAUGAAGAAUUUAAUCACUUUUGGCGGGCAACAUCAGGGUGUGUUUGGCUUGCCAACUUGUCCAGAAAGCCCACAGCAGUCUCGUACCUGUGAAUAUAUUCGCAAGGUGCUGAAUUAUGGAUCAUAUAUACACUGGAUCCAAAACUCCUUAGUGCAAGCACAGUACUGGCAUGACCCUCUGCAUGAUGACGAUUACCGCAACAAGUCCAUUUUCCUGGCUGACAUCAACAAUGAGGAGGUACUGAAUGUAGAUUAUCGUAAUAACCUGAAAAAAUUGGACAACUUUGUGAUGGUGAAGUUCCUAGCAGACACUAUGGUGGUGCCAGUAGAGAGUGAGUGGUUUGGUUUCUAUACACCAGGCCAGGAUGUGCAAGUUCUGCCACUCCAGCAGUCACAGAUCUACUUGGAGGAUCGAUUGGGACUAAAAGAGAUGGACGAGGCUGGCAAACUGCAUUUUCUCACCCAAGAUGGCAACCAUCUAGAGUUUACUGAUGAAUGGUUCCUCGAGGAGAUUGUCGACAAGUUUGUUACCUAGAUUGAUAAGUGGUAUAUAGGAAAGACUACUGACAUUAUUCCAGCUUAAGGUGGAUGGUUAAAACAUAAAAACCAGGCUUUCUGUAUUAUUUUUAUUAUAGGCUUAAAUUUGAACACCAAUAAAUUUUAGACAAAUUUAA